AUGGCGCAGCAAGCUCCGCAAAGCGCGAGAGACAACGUUCUGAGGCAAUCCGAUGCCAGUGCCGUGGACAAGGACGCGCCACGUGUGCGCGGAUACACGUUCGAAGAGGCAGGAGGGGCGGGGUCGGUGGUGGUCGAUUACGAGCAGCUGAUGGGCCGAAUGGUGACGACAGGCUUCCAAGCCACUGCUUUGGGCCGGGCUAUUGACGAAAUCAAUCGAAUGCUCGCGUGGCGACUGAGCGACGACCCGGUGAAGGCCGACGCGAAGGAGGAGGAGAAGGACCCGGCGUUCCGCGCGGGCGUGCGGUGCAAGAUCUUCCUGGGCUUCACGUCCAACCUCAUCAGCUCCGGCCUGCGCGAGACGCUCUGCUUCCUCGCCAAGCACCGACUCGUGGAUGUGAUUGUGACUACAGCGGGGGGGAUUGAAGAGGACAUUAUAAAGUGCCUGGCGCCCACGCUGCUGGGCGACUUCGCCCUGGCGGGCAAGGACCUGCGCGCCAAGGGGCUGAACCGCAUCGGCAACCUGAUCGUGCCCAACAGCAACUACUGCCUGUUCGAAGACUGGAUGGGCCCCGUGCUGGACCGCUGCUUGGACGAGCAGAAGACGCAGGGCGUGGUGUGGACGCCGUCGAAGCUGAUCGACCGCAUGGGAGAAGCCAUCGGGCACGAGGAGUCGGUGCUGUACUGGGCGCACAAGCGUUUCCCCAGCCUCAGCCUCAUGCGCCAUUCCCGUGCGCACACUCCCGCCAUCCUCGCUGUUUCCCUGCGUGCUCCCCCACCGCCCAUCUGCACCGUGCAGAACCGCAUCCCGGUGUUUUGUCCGGCGAUCACGGACGGGUCCAUCGGCGACAUGCUCUACUUCCACUCCUACUCCUCGCCCGGCCUCGUGCUCGACCUCGUGCAAGUACAUGUUCCCCUCCGCGCAGAUGUGCGGCGGAUGGAUGACGAGGCGGUGCAGGCAGACCCGCGGCGCACGGGCGUGAUCAUCCUGGGGGGCGGGCUGCCGAAGCACCACAUCUGCAACGCCAACAUGAUGCGCAACGGCGCGGACUACGCUGUGUACAUCAACACCGCCAAUGAGUUCGACGGCAGCGACUCGGGUGCCAGGCCCGAUGAAGCAGUCAGCUGGGGGAAGAUCCGCGUGGAGGCCAAGGCUGUCAAGGUGUUCUGCGAUGCCACCAUUGCCUUCCCCUUGCUCGUAGCGGAGACCUUUGCCCGGCACCUGCAGCAGGAGCAAGCAAAGCAGGAGCCGACGAAAUAG